AUGCAUCAGGAGCAACUUCGACACCUUGCAGAGGCAGUAUUGUUCACUACCCUCACGAUGAGUUCGAAUCCUGCUACGCCUACUAUCAAGUUGGUGGACUCUUUAUCCACUCUACAUGAGCUGCUUGAAAACCUCAGGCUAAUUCCUAGAUCAUCACCUCCUCUUUUUGUUGAUUUAGAGGGAACCAAUCUGGGUCGCAGUGGCUCUAUCUCCAUUUUAUCUCUCUAUGCGGUGCAUAAAGGGAUAAUAUACCUUGUCGAUGUUUAUAAACUAGGGAGAUCCGCCUUUUCCAACCAUCAGCCCGGUAAAAAUACUUCCUUGCGAGGUAUUAUGGAAUCGCCAAGCAUCAAAAAAGUUAUGUUCGAUGUUCGUAACAAUUCGGACGCACUAUUGAGCCACUACAAUAUUCAUCUGGACGGAAUACAAGACUUGCAGUUGAUGGAGCUCGCCACGAGAAGCGGGUCGAAGAAAUACUCCUAUCUCCAAUCUCAGAAAGGUAGAAUGGAAAAGACUCAAGGAGGAGAUUACCAAGCAGAUUACUGUGCUGCAGAUGUCUCCCAGCUUCCUGGCUUAUACAAUACCUACGAGAGAAGGAUGAGUCCGACGUGGAGAACCAAAGUGCAAAACGCAACGAAUGAUCGCAUCCAGCUAUCACAGAAACCCGAAUACGACGGUUAGGCAAGUGACAAAGUCUUAGGGCCAUGGACGGAAGAUUAUAGCAAGGACUGGGACGCUUUGUUUGACGAAAUGGAAGACCACGAUUUCCUGGAUGACUUACAAUACGGUGAACAAUUCGACAACAUGGCUAAUGAUGGCUGGGAUGACUAUCCGGAUACAGCGCGGGACUGUAUUGGAUGGGAAGAGGACAUGAUCAAAAACGGGUCUCCAUUCUGAUUGGGUAUUUUGAAUCGAUUAGCAAACAAAGCUGAUGUCGUAAAGCGAAGAUUUUACUAUGCAG